AUGAGAUUUAGAUCAUCCAUCACGCAUUUUUCUACAUCCACUUGUUCAAGAUUAGCUACCAAGAACAUCAAGCCAACAUCAAGAGUAGAGCUUGAGUAUGUCUAUGGCAUUUCAAGUGUUUCUGCUGCUUUACAUUCAAAAAAGAGAGCCAUCCUUGACACAAUCCAUGUUCAGAGAUCAAACGAAAGGAAAACUACCAAAAAGAAAGACGAAUCAAUGAUUGAGAGCAUCCUGGCAACCGUAAAGGACUUGAACAUACGCAUUCAAUACACAGACAAGGGAAAAUUAAACAACUUUACUCAAGAUAAACCGCACCAAGGUAUCGUUCUUCAAGCUUCACCAAGAGAGACAAUAGAAAUUGAACCAUUGCCAAGAAUAGAAGAUAAUAAGGCAUAUAGAGUAUCCAAAAAAAGUAAGCAAGGGCAAGGGGUACCCAUACACCUUUUGCCAUCCAACACGCAUCGAUCUCCCUUUUGGCUAGCACUUGACGAAAUACAAGAUCCUCAUAAUCUUGGUUCUAUAUUAAGAACAGCCCACUUCUUUGGUGUUGAUGGUGUAUUGGUAUGCAGCAAAAACAGUGCGCCACUUAGCCCGGCUGUUUCCAAAGUAAGUUCUGGAGCAAUGGAGGUCAUGGAUGUCUUUUCGACUAGAAAUCUUGUGAGCUUUCUAAAGGAAUCGAGUCAAAACGGUUGGGAUAUUGUUGGAGCAGCAGUAGAAACUAACAACACACGGUCAGUCAGCAGUGCACCCUCAAUCAAUAACAAGCCGACCAUCCUUGUCUUAGGAAAUGAAGGUAGUGGUCUUCGCACGAAUGUGAAAAACGUAUGCCAUCGCUUUGUGGCAAUCCCACACUUUUUAGAAAAUAGGUUUAGUGGAUCUGUAGAUAGUUUAAAUGUUGGGGUGGCUGCUGGCAUCUUGAUCUACUCUUUUACAAAAUAA